AUGUGUCUAGAAGCAGCUCCGCCCACUGGCACGUUGCCUCAGCCUCUGCUCUUCCGCACUGCCCCAGCACCGUCUACACUGGCAGCCCUUGCCCUACCUCAUCGUCCUAGCCCGGUCGACACUGGUUGGGGUCGCCCUCUCCUUAGCCUUCGACCAAGAGGCGUCGCGGCCAAGCUGGCCUGCCCGCCACCGGCAUCCACCACAGCUAUUGCCCAGCCUAACCUGUGCCUCGCAGUGGCGCCCCCCGCAAGCUGCACUAUCCCCGUAGUCAGCCAUCCAUCAAGACAUUAUAAAACCCGGAGCACGCACCUUUCAGCUGUCCCCUCGCAACAUACGAUGUCCUCCUCAAACAACACCACCCAACUUCCGGAAGCCAAUACCUCCAUCACAGUUCACAAACCGCGGCCAGUGGUCAUCGAACACGCCGUUUGUCCAUCUGUGACCUACAACGCCUCACAUUUCGAACAGGUCGCACGCUCACAAUAUCACCACUUCCACGGCAUUGUCAAUAUGACAAUUUUAAGCGCGCUUCAAUACCACCCGGAGCAAUUCUACACCGUCAUAGAAUUCCAGAGGCGAGGUCCUCCCCACCUUCACAUAGCUCUACUCAAUGAGGACCACCCUGGUUCCCUCUGUUCCAACAUCCACGCAUCCCCCAACUACUGCUCUCACGUUGUACUACAUCACCUCUUAGCUCUUGUUGAAUAG